CUUACAGGUUGACUAUACUACACCCCCUCGUCUUGUCCCAUAGUCGAACGUUCCAUACUUUCCCAUCAGUUGUGACGUUAUAAAAGUUGCCUAGCUGUGUUUAGAACAACAAAGUUCCACUGUUCCACUGAGUGUUAUAGUCACUGAUCACAGUCGUGACGACUACACGCGCAUAAUGUGGGAUUUUAUUCUUACACUAUCGAGCUGUUUUUGCUCCUGCAGCUCCAAAAACAAGGUGUCCCCUGUGGAGGAUGGAGAUGAGGAAGAACCAGCACCGGGAGAGGAGGAGAUGGUCCGCGGGACCACUGAAUGUCCGGUUCUGACCAACCAACCUCCAAUGUCCCUCCCGAGACCAAGUAAGUCGUCGGCCGACGUGCUUGCUGAACUCCGUAAAGACGGCCUGUUGCCCCUCAACACCCGGGACGAGUCCGUCGCUUUCCAGGUACUGCUAGAGAAGCCCGCCUCCGAGCCCGACACGCCCGCACGCCGCCCAGUUAAGCUUGCGAAGCUGGAGGAAACUCUCCAGGAGAGGCGCGAACGGGUCAAGAAGGAGCCCGCGGGAUCACGUACUCAGCUGAGACAGCAACUCGGUGAUGCUGCCAAGAGACGAGAGGAGAUGUUGGCUGAGAGAACACGUAGACUUGCAGAGAGGAGAGCAAGAAUGAAGGCCAAAGCAUCCGCCAAGGAGCGCAAGAGCACUGCCUUUCUCAUCUCCACUGUCAGCGACACGGACGCCAUCGUUCCCAGGGACUCGGAGAAGGCGCAGGUUUUGGAGAAACGUCUGAACAGGAGGAGAGAACGAGUCGCGAAGAGGUCCACGGCUGAGGAUCUGGAGAAACAACAGGCCUUAGCAGCUGAACGCAGGAAGGAGAAUCGAGAGAAGACUACACAGAAGUUGCAGCGAUCCAGGAUGACCAGCUGGGAUAAGGCCGGGGAGUGGCUCGGCUUGAAAGAGCCGUAAAACUUUUUCUACACUCCCUGUUAGAUUUGUUAAACUUCAUACAAGAAAGGCAAAAGUACAUGUUUUUACACGUAUGUACGUUAUCUACAUCGUGAUCAAGUUCUAUUUUUACAAGUCAAAGUAAACGGGGAGUACUAUUUGGUUGUUCAACCCAUGGGUUGUUUUACAUGGAAGUACAAAAAAAUGUUCCAAACAGACGUAACGUUAUCUGCCGUCUGAAAUAUGUUGUUUUACUGGAAAAAUAUUCAAAAGUAAAAAAAAAACGACUUCGUUCUUUUGAAUAUAUGUUGAAUUGUUCAAAUGUUUUGAAACGUGGUUUACAAAAAACUAACUUCCUUUGAUUGUAAGGAAUCGGCGGGCAGAUAUUUUUCGCAGUGAGGUGUUGAGGUUUGCACGUGAAAAUUGUAAAUAAAGUGAAACUACGGUUUCUGCAUCUUU